AUGGCGCUACGUGAUGGGAAAUGUAAAUUACUGAAUUCUUCUAUCCUACUGCUGUUGUUAAUAACUCGGAUCGUCAUCCAGCCUUACUACUCUUUGAUUUCUGAUUGUGAUGAGACCUUUAAUUACUGGGAACCGUUGAAUCUUCUCGUUAGGGGGUUUGGUAAGCAGACCUGGGAAUAUUCCCCAGAAUAUUCAAUUAGAUCAUGGGCAUUUUUGUUACCGUUAUAUGGAAUAUUGAAGCCUUUGAACCAGGUAAUCGAUUCCAAAGUGUUGUUAUUCUAUACUGCGAGGGCGUUAUUGGGAUUUGUCAGUUUCUUAUUCGAAUACUCUUUAAGUAAAGAGAUAUCCUCAGUUAUGUCAUUACAUGUUUCCAUAAUGUGGCUUUUAUUCCAGUUAUUUAACCCGGGAUGGUUUCAUGCCAGUGUUGAAUUUUUACCCUCAGCGUUCGCGAUGAUUACCACGUUAGGGUAUAUGAAGUACACGUUGCGUUAUUUAUCAACUGGAAAUGAACUUCCUUUUGUAAAAUCUAUUUCUUUCGUCUUUCUCGGAGGAAUACUGGGUUGGCCAUUUUCCUUAAUACUAGUUGUUACAAACGUUAUUCAUUACACCGCAACCCAUAGGUUUAUGGACACUCUCAGAGCUGGAGUCUCCUCCUCCUUUGUGUUCGCCAUCAUUUCAUCCAUUGUGGCAGCAAUUGAUUCAUUCUUUUAUGGAAAACUUAGUGUUGUGCCUUUCAACAUAGUAAUGUACAAUAUCAUCUCAGCUAAUGAAGACUCAGGUCCAAAUAUUUUUGGUGUCGAACCUUGGUAUUACUAUAUUCAGAAUUUAUUACUAAACUUCCCAAUAACAACUUUAUUUUUUGGAGUUAUUGGUUUCACUCAGCUUUCCAUAUGGCCACUAUCUGGGUCUCUAUUCAUCUGGCUAAAUGUUUUCUUAGCUCAACCACAUAAAGAAGAGCGUUUCCUUUAUCCAAUAUAUGGGAUUAUAUCCCUCCUAGCAGCAGUUGGGCUUUUUAAUAUAACAGUGUCCAUACGUUGGAAGAAGUUACGGAAACUGGUUAGGGGCAUUGUUUUCUUUGUAACACUUUUACAAGCUGCUUCAAGAAUUCUUGCAUUGACAAACAAUUACACAUCGCCGAUUCAAGUGUACUCUCAUUUACCAGAAUCUACCGAAAAUAAAGUUGUAUGCACAGGCAGAGAAUGGUAUCAUUUCCCUACCUCCUUGAUAUUACCUGAUAAUUACAGGCUUCAAUUUGUUCAAUCUGGCUUUGAUGGUUUGCUUCCAGGCGAUUUCUUGGAGACAGGUACAUUGAACGAAAAGAUUCGAUCUGUUCCUAAUGGAAUGAAUAAUCAGAACAUAUUUGAUCCUUCGAAAGUAGUUGACAUUGACUCAUGCGAUUAUUAUGUUGACAUUAACGUUUCGUCUAACAAUCAGAAAGACGCAGUAAACCCUGCAGAUACAACUGCAUGGGUGCCUUUGUACUGUCUGCCUUUUGUUGACACAUCUUCCUCGAAAUUUCUUGGUAGGGCAUUUCAGGUACCUGCUCAAUUGAUAGCGAUAUUACCUACUAGAAUUCGCCAGAUUAUCAAAAAUUACUACGAUGUGCAGUUCAUCAAUUAUUGCACUUUUGUUAGACGUCAUGAAUCCGACUCAUUAGUUUAA